CGUGGGGCGGGGUCUUGGUUACUGCGCUGCAGAGGAGCUCGGCCGCGAGAGCGGAAGAAGCGCAAUCGUCAGUCUUAGGUCUCUUACAGCAGAGAUGGCGACAGAGGGGGAGCCGAGCAGCUAUGUCAAAAUCAUCCAGCUUUUUGUGCUCUCCACAGCCUGGGGGAUGCAGAUAUGGGUUACCUUUAUUGCAGGUUUUGUUCUCUUCCGGGGUGUGAGCCGCCAUACCUUUGGCCUGGUGCAAAGCAAGUUGUUUCCUUUCUAUUUCUACACCCUGCUUGGCUGCAUCUUCCUGAACCUUGCCAUCUUCGCUUCUUACCACCCGCGGGAGCUUCUCAGUGCCUGGGAUACGGUCCAGAUUGUGUCCUUUUUUGUUGGGCUCAUUUUGGCGGCUUCCAAUGCUUCCUGGCUCUCCCAAGUCACCACCAAGACCAUGUUCAAGAUGCAGGAGAUUGAAAGGGAGCAUGGCCUCGGGGACGAAGUGGGGCUGUCGGCUCGGCGGGAGGCUUACCAGCUUCUGAAGGAGAAGGAUGCCAAGUACCAGAGCCUGCGCCAAAAGUUCUUCAAGUUCCACGGCCUGUCCUCUCUCUGCAACCUGGCCGGCGUCUUCUGCACCGGGGUGAAUUUGGCAUGCCUAGCACUGCAGCUGGACAGCCUUUAGACUGCAGGGGGCGCUCUACCCCUUCGCUCGAGUCCUGCUGUUGCUCCAGGAUUGUUUUCUAAGGCACAAAAGCCGAGCUUUCUCUCAAAGCAAAGAUGGCACCCUGUAUUCUGAGCUACGCUUGACCACUUGGAGUGAAGGAUUUUGACAGGGGCCAUAAAUCAAUUCAUUGGAGUGAAUGGUUUUGGGGGAAACUGCCCACUCCCGAAACAGCCAGAUUCCAAUGGAUGGUGUGUUGCAAUCUAGACUAAAGCCUCUUUGGUCAUAUUCCUCAGUGCCCAGAUAUCUGCAUUGCAGGGGGUUGGAUUAGAUGACCCCCAGGUCCCUUACAAGUCUUUAAGAUUCUAUUCUCCUGUUUUGGACACUUUUGCAAAAAUAAAAGCCGUUUCUAUUUCUGCAUCUCA